CCUCCUGCAGCAGCACCGCCUCCGCCUCCACUCCGCGCAAGCGCUCGCCCGGCCCGAGUGCGGCUGCCGGCGGGUCUCCAGUCCCCAGCCUGGGCUAGAGGAGGGAGGCACCGCAGCCCCCGGCGCGGCCCGGCAGGAGAAGGGAGGAAGAGCGAGCUGGAGGCUGCUGGCCGCCGGGAAGGGGCGGGACAGGCUCCCGCAGCCUCUCGCCUGUCGUGAGCGGCGGCCGUGAGGCAGGAGGGAGCCCGGCGCCGCGGCUGUUGGGAAGAAACAGAUACUAUUUCUGAUUUGAAAUACUGGGGAGGUGUUCAGAUACUACAUUGAAGGGGAGCAUAUAGGCACGUGGGUACAUAGGUGUGGCAGAAAAUGUCAGUCAGCAUGCAUGAGAAUCGCAAGUCUAGAGCCAGCACUGGCUCUAUAAAUAUAUACUUAUUCCACAAAUCAUCAUAUGCUGAUAGUGUCCUUACUCACCUGAAUCUUCUACGCCAACAACGGCUUUUUACAGAUGUACUUCUCCAUGCUGGGAACAGGUCAUUCCCUUGCCAUAGAGCUGUCCUAGCUGCAUGUAGUCGCUACUUUGAAGCAAUGUUCAGUGGUGGACUUAAAGAGAGCCAGGCUAGUGAAGUCAAUUUUCAUAAUUCUAUUCAUCCAGAAGUCUUAGAACUUCUGCUGGACUAUGCGUACUCCUCCAGGGUUAUCAUCAAUGAAGAGAAUGCAGAGUCCCUGCUAGAGGCUGGAGACAUGUUAGAAUUCCAGGAUAUCAGAGAUGCUUGCGCAGAGUUUCUGGAGAAGAACCUUCAUCCCACCAACUGCCUUGGUAUGCUGCUGCUGUCAGAUGCUCACCAGUGCACCAAGCUUUAUGAACUCUCUUGGACGAUGUGUCUUAGCAACUUCCAAACUAUCAGUAAAAGUGAAGAUUUUCUCCAGCUGCCAAAAGACAUGGUUGUGCAGCUCCUUUCCAGUGAAGAAUUAGAAACUGAAGAUGAAAGAUUAGUAUAUGAGUCAGCUAUUAACUGGGUUAACUAUGAUCUGAAUAAGCGCCACUGUUAUCUCCCUGAACUAUUGCAAACUGUGAGACUGGCUCUCUUGCCAGCCAUCUACCUUAUGGAGAAUGUAGCCAUGGAAGAACUUAUCACUAAGCAAAGGAAAAGCAAAGAUAUAGUAGAAGAAGCAAUAAGAUGCAAGCUAAAGAUCUUACAGAAUGAUGGUGUGGUCACCAGUUUGUGUGCCAGACCUCGUAAAACUGGCCAUGCACUGUUUCUUCUGGGGGGCCAAACCUUUAUGUGUGACAAGCUGUAUCUGGUGGACCAAAAGGCAAAAGAGAUCAUUCCAAAGGCUGACAUCCCAAGUCCACGGAAAGAGUUCAGUGCUUGUGCUAUUGGCUGCAAAGUGUAUAUCACUGGAGGCCGGGGAUCAGAAAACGGAGUCUCCAAAGAUGUUUGGGUGUAUGACACUCUUCAUGAGGAGUGGUCAAAGGCUGCCCCCAUGCUGGUAGCUAGGUUUGGGCAUGGUUCUGCUGAACUCAAACACUGUUUGUAUGUAGUAGGAGGACACACUGCAGCAACUGGUUGCCUUCCAGCUUCCCCUUCAGUAUCCUUAAAGCAAGUAGAACAGUAUGACCCUGUGACCAACAAAUGGACAAUGGUUGCACCACUUCGAGAAGGAGUAAGCAAUGCAGCUGUAGUUAGUGCAAAGCUUAAGCUAUUUGCUUUUGGUGGCACCAGUGUUAGCCAUGACAAGCUGCCCAAAGUUCAAUGUUAUGAUCAAUGUGAAAACAGAUGGACAGUACCAGCCACCUGCCCCCAGCCCUGGCGCUACACAGCUGCAGCUGUUUUGGGUAACCAGAUUUUUAUUAUGGGUGGAGAUACUGAAUUCUCAGCAUGCUCAGCUUAUAAAUUCAACAGUGAAACAUACCAGUGGACUAAGGUGGGAGAUGUGACAGCUAAGCGAAUGAGCUGCCAUGCAGUAGCAUCUGGAAACAAACUGUAUGUAGUCGGAGGCUAUUUUGGGAUUCAAAGAUGCAAAACAUUGGACUGCUAUGAUCCCACAUUAGAUGUAUGGAACAGCAUAACCACAGUGCCCUAUUCACUAAUUCCCACAGCAUUUGUCAGCACAUGGAAACACCUCCCCUCAUAACUGUGUAUGUUGUGAUUGCAACUUGUCAGUUUGCUCUGUUAUUUGGAGAAGAGACUUGGAAUCUCAGCUAUGGAGAAAUGGUUUUAAUGAAGAAAAAUCGUUCAGAAUCUUUGAGUUUGAAGAAAAAUAUCUGCACCUUGUAAAUUAUCUAACCUGGACAUGAAGGAAUGGGAGGAAAAAACUGUCUUUGGUGCAUCAGCACAUGGUUUCAAUAUGAAAGAAUGAACCUAUGGUCUGAUUCCUUGUACUAGUAAUUGUGGAUUAAUGUCAGCAUUAAUCAGACCUUCAAAGGGAGGGGAUGGGGAAAAGGAAAAACAAAAGAAGUACAGAACUUUCCAUAGUUGUGCAACCUACAACUCUUGAUUUUCAUGGACUCCAUUGUGUGUGCGUGAAAUUUGAAAUGGUUGUCACCUCUCACUGUGACAGUUUGAAGCGUCAGCACCAGCUGCCGGGGAAGCAGGCCAGAUCUGAAACAGUGAGAUGUCGCUGUGAAUGAAGAUACAGCUGUGUCACUGCAGAGUACUGCUACAGGAAUUAACUUGUUUAUAGGCAGUGUCUGAAGCAUCCAUUAGAUUACCACAUUGUGGUGUCCUAUUUGCAGUGAGUGACCUUUCAUUGGAUAAGGAACAGCACAAUUAAAAAUAUAAAUAAAAGAUUUUUGCAAUAGUGGGGAACUAAAAAGAAAUAAUUUCCCCCAAAUGUUUGAUUUCCCUUCCUCCCUGUAUUUAUAGGUGACUUAAACUGUCCCGUUCCUGUUAUGUUACUUGUAGAUGUAGCUAUUUAUUGUUCAGUGCUUGCAUGCUGAAACAAUGCUUGCAGUUGUCUUCAUGUUGUAAGGAUUUGUGUGAUUUGUUAUUUGUUUUGCACAUUUUGUGGUCUCUGACUUGCUCUGCUGCACACAAAAAAGAAAACUGUUGAGUAAUAGUUGGAGGUGGGAGGGAGUGAGGGGAUGGCUUCCUCAGUCGGAAAUGGAAGGAUUACAAGGCAGGAUCUUAAAUUACACACAUACUAAAGGAAGAAGCCAUGGAGGUCACUUUCUCAGGCCACCAACUCCCCAGGUUAGAUGUGGUGUAUCCUGUAGAUAGUGUCCCUGCUCCAUUUCAUUGGCCUGCUCAUGCCUUUGAAUUUCGAAUCUGGAACUAGCCAAAACCAUUUACAGCUUUCUCUUUGUGCAGCCUCUCAGUUACCUAGAAGAUGCUGUGGGAUGGUUUCUGUGCACAGAGCCCCGAGAAAGGCAUUGGCCAAAAAAUUUAUUUAUUUAUUUAUUUAUGAGUUUAGACUAUGGGACAUUUACCAUAACCACAUUUACCUGACUGAAUGGAGUCUGGCUGACUCACAAAAACAAAAUAGAUUAGUAGUGAACUAGUUAAAAAACAAAACC